UUCGCGUUGCCUGGUCCUUACGACGCAACCUUCUCUCACCCAUCAAGCUCCCACCGUCGCGCAUUAAUUCUUUCCCCCCACCCCCACGACCUCUCCGUUUUAAACCAGAUAGCCAUCAGAUUCCCAACCAUAAAUUACUUCUCCAGUUCUUCUUCUGCGCUCCACCUCCUCCCCCUCUCUCUUUUGCCUUUCUUUUCUUUACCUUAUAAAGGGGCGCCAGGAUACUUGAUUGGAAGUGGGCUUUGUCUCGCACUCGCUUCUGUUCUCUUGGUUGCGAGAUAUAGAGAUGGGCAUCUUCUCGCUGGUGACGGGGUGGCCGGGGCCUAGUGGAUUCGGAUCCGCUUCCACAGCGGAGCAGGUCACAGACGGCAUCGACGCCAGCAAUCUCACUGCCAUCGUCACUGGAGGAGCAAGUGGGAUUGGUGCAGAGACUGCAAGAGUCUUGGCACUUCGUGGAGCCCAUGUCAUCAUUGCUGCAAGGAACAUGGAGGCUGCAAAUGAUACAAAAGAGCUCAUCCUCGAAAGCAAUCCAGCAGCCAGGGUGGAUGUUUUGAAGCUUGAUCUUAGCUCAUUAAAGUCUGUACGAGCCUUUGUAGAUAAAUUCAUAUCGAUGGAUCUUCCUCUUAACAUCUUAAUAAACAAUGCUGGUGUCAUGUUCUGUCCGUACCAACUUUCAGAGGAUGGAAUAGAGAUGCAUUUUGCCACCAAUCAUCUUGGUCACUUUUUGUUGACAAACCUUCUUCUUGAGAAAAUGAAAAACACAGAAAGGAAGACGGGGAUCGAAGGUCGCAUUGUUAAUCUCUCAUCUAUUGCACACCUUCGUUCAUAUGAUGAAGGAAUACAGUUUGAUAAUCUCAAUGACAAUAAUGGAUAUUCUGAUAAAAGAGCAUAUGGUCAAUCGAAACUGGCAAAUAUAUUGCAUGCCAAUGAGCUAUCAAGACGCUUGCAGGAAGAAGGUGCAAAUAUUACUGUAAAUUCUGUCCAUCCGGGAUUGAUCGUGACAGCUCUGUGGAGACAUUCUUUUCUUUUGAUGAGUGUUCUAAGAUUAUUCACUUACAUAUUUUGGAAGAGUGUACCACAGGGAGCAGCUACUACAUGCUAUGCUGCAUUACAUCCGAGUCUCAAGGGUGUGACAGGAAAGUACUUCCUUGACUGCAAUGAGGAGAAGCCCGGUGAAAUGGCCAGAGAAGAAACCUUGGGCAGGAGGCUCUGGGACUUCAGCGAAAAGCUGGUUAAAUCAGCAUCCAAGUAAGAUCAGACUAAGAGCUACCAAUGUAAAUAUUACAUCACUCUCUUGCUAAUAUGGUGUUGGGCUGUUGGCCGGACGAUCUAUAUGCUUUUGCAAGUCAGCAUAAAUAUCGAAUAUUGUUGUACUAUUGGCUUAAUUUCCUGGCGAAACUGUGCCACUUUGCGCUUGGAAAAAAUAAAAAUAAAAAUGUGCCAUUUGUUUCCUGAA